AUACAGAUUACGUAACACGUUUAGGCGGGAAUAUUAUCAUCACAUUAUCAGUAUUCAGUGUAUUGUGUAAGUAGUAGUAAUGAAAUAUUUGUAAAGAAUCUACAGUUAAAACUCAAUCUUGAAUUCAAUUACCAGUUACAAAAUUCUUAAGCCAAUCAAUGUACUCCAACAGUAAAAACGAUGAACUGGAACCUCGUCCUGUGCCUAAACCCACCCAGUAUCAAGUAAAUUUUAUUUUUCUAUAUAGUUAUAGUAGAUAGGUAUCACCGUUAAUUGUACUACUUGAUUACUUGAAAUCUUACAGAAAUCCAAUAUUUACAAUAUUUACAGGUAAUAUCAGCCAGGACCGAAGUUCCAGAAUUGUCAAUUGUAUUUGAUUCAUCAGAGAGUAUUGCAAAAGCAAAGGUGUCUAAUAGCCCAUCAUACUAUGCUACCAGACAAUCUGCUCAAGAAACAUAUGGAUCAUAUAACGAAUGGAAAAAUCGUAAAACCUCACCAGUAAAUAAAGAAACUCGUUUUUAUGAACCACGAGAAAAACAUAGCUGUGGAUCUUCAUCAUUCACUGAUUGUAAUCAAAACCCAUACAAUUAUUUUACAGAUAAAGUAUCUUAUGAUUCAAGUAAUAAUUACCAUAAGUGUGCUUGCCAAAAUGCACCAACUGUCAAAGAUAUCUACAACAUGAUGCAAAUGCAAAAUGAUCAAAUUAAAUUUCUUUUAGAAACCGUGCAAAAACUGUCAAUGACAUUAUCCAAUCAACAAAACCAACAUAAAUGUUGUUGCUUUUUGAAUAGCCAUUGUAAAAAUGUUAAUGAUAAUAAACCAACCGAAUUGUUAAAAACAAGUGAAAAUCCAGUGAAUUGUCAAUUAGAUAAAUUAAAUGAUAAUUCAACAGAAAAACCACUGAACAGUUUAAAAAAGGGUAAAAGUGUCCCAGAAAAAAAUGAAUCAAAUAAGGGAUCAAAACCACUUAUGAAACCAGAUAAUAUAUCUAAAGAUAGAUCAAAACCACUUAGUAAACAAGAUAGUAUAUCUAAAGAUAGAUCAAAACAACAAAUUAUAAGAGAAGUCGCAGAUAAUGAAAAAGAUAAUAAAAAAGACAUAGAAAGAACAAAUUCAGUUGCAAGGUAUAAUAUAACAUAAUUAUUAAUACCUACUUGAUAAUUAUAGUUUAAAAAAAAUAUAUAUAUUAGAAUGUUAAGCUAGUGAAAAACCUAACCAAAAUUACUGUUUGAAAAGCUUCAAUUAUUUUUUAUAACUUAAAAUCUGUAUACUUGGGUACAAAAUUAUUAGAUUAGAUAGUGCUCAAAUUGGAAAAAUAUUGAAAAAAGGAUGCAAAAAUAGAUAAAAGUAAUUUACGAAGUUUAUCAUCAAAUUUUAAAUCUGGUAUCCUCCCCCUCUAUUGAUUUUUGUGUCCAUUUUUAAAUAUUAUAAACUUGGAAGAUAGAAUAUAGAAAGGAAUUUAAUUUCUUUUUGUAUGUGACAAUAAACUAUUUUUAAUGAAAAAUGGUUCAGUGGUUUCUUUUAUACAUGUACAUAUAUUUUUCAGUUUUUUCCCAUUAUAAAAACCGCUUGGAAAAUAAAAAUAAAUUACUUCCUUAAAGUACCACCCAGAUAAAAUUUCCUUUUAAAAAUGCACUACAGUUGAAAAUCUAAACAAGAUUUCUGGUAGAAAAGUUAUUUACAGAAAAAAAUAAGUUAACAUUGUAAAAUUAAUUAGUAAAUACCGGAAUCUAAAAUAAUUGUUUAUUGGAUAUAAAAAAAAAUUUUAAAAAUUUCAUUUUUUUUUUUUUUUUUUUUUUGUAUUAAUAUCAGACUAAUAGUACAAAAGUAUUAGACAUUAGGUAUUAUUAGGUAACUUAAUUUAGUACCUAUACAAUUAUUAAUACAAAUAAACUUUUAAAACUAUUCAUGUAUUAUUAUUUAAUUAUUAUAUUUCUAAUCUUAGUGAUGAAUCAUUUGAUUUAAACGCUAAUGACGUUCAAGUAAUUGAAGCCCCAAUAUCUCCUGACCAGUCAAUACAUAUUGAAAUGAAAUCAUCUUCUGAGGAUAGUAAUGAUAGGUAAUAUACUGUAUAUUUAAAAUUGAUAGGUUAACCUUUUUUAAUUAAUAAAUUGUAUUUUGUUCUUACAGUGAAUGUGAAGAAGAAAAUAGUAAAAAAAUUGAAGUUGGAUGGACAAUUUAUAAUAAUAUUAUUGUAAGUUAUUGACUACGUUAUUUUUCUAAAAUAAAUUAAAAUCUAUGGUUUUUUUAUUUAUUAUUACUAAACACACACAUAUAUAUAUAUAAUUAUACCAAUAUUUUUUUUUUGUUUUAAAUUUAAGGGACAAGUAAACAACCUGCUUGAAGAUAGUGAACAAAAAUCUGAAGUAGCAAAACCAGUAAAAUGUAUUAAACCUACACCAACAACUAAAUCAAAGUAAAUGAUAUAUUAUCAAGCUUUAGAGACUCCAUUUGAUUUUAUAGCUAACAUUUUAAAGGCUUUAAAUGGUUUUUAAUAAUUUUACUUCACCCAUUAGGAAUUUUGAACCAUACCCACACAUUAUGCUAACGGAUAAUGGUAAAAUAGAUUCCAGCUUACAGAUGCAAGCACUAGCUAUGCAGUACUUAGCACCUGAACAAUCUGUUAAAUGUAAGUUAUUUCCAAUGCCCUAUACAAUUAAGGAACUAUAGUUACACACUUUAAAAAUCACAGUAAUUUAAUAAGUAAAAUAAAUAACAAUGUUUAUAUUGCCUAAAUACAUGCUGAUAACAUUUAAAGUAAUUAAAUACAAAUAAUACAACACAUAAAUUAUUAUUGAUGACAUAAGUGCACUGUAUCUAAAUGAAAAGUAAAAUUAUAUACAUAUUAUUGACUACGUUCACUUACUGUAAUAAUAAAUUAUUCAAAUUAUUUUCCUUUUCUAUUCAUUCAUAAUCUAAAAAUUAAAAUAAUAAAUAUAUUAAAUUAAUUUUUUCCUAUUCAAAAAUAUAUAUUUAUUACUAUAAAAUUAGAAAUAUAAUGUAUAAUUUUAUUGAAGUAUAAUAUUGAAAUACCCUACUUUCAAUAACUUUUCUUUUUGUUUAUUACAUCGAAAAAUUAUCAUAUUUAUUUUUAUUUCAGUUAAUAUGGAUAAACCUGCCAUGAAAUCUCCAAAUAAUUAUUCAAUUUCAACAAUGCAUUAUAUGGAGAGAUAUCAUCUGAUCGGAUCAGAACAAAACCUUACUCAAGGUAUACUAUGUACAACUGAUAGUGGUAAUUAUAUUUAGAACAGUUUUGAAAAUAAACAGAUAUUUUAUAAUAUAAUAUGGGAUAUCUAUACAAAACAAAAUACAAUUUAGGUUUUAAAAUAUUAAACAAGAGUUAAUUUUUAAAACGUACUGCACAGUAUAGCAGUACUAGUAUUAGUUUAGCUAAAAUAGUUUAUAAAUUAUUUUAACAUGAUGAGGUUAUUUAGGUUGAAGAAAAACUUUAAUAAUAAUUGGUAUCUGGUAUAUGUUUAAAUAUGAAAUUAUUUUUAUUAUUGUUAAAUAUUAAUUUUUUUUUUUCAAAAUAAAUUAUGAAAAGAUCUAUCUUAAAAUAAAACUUCAUAGUAUCAAACACUAACGUUUAAUAAACAAUUAACUUUCUUUUUUCAUUUGAACCAACACAUUUAAUAUUAUUUAUGAACAUAAACAAUAAACAUAACUAAUUUAUAUAUGUUUCUUUAGAAAACCAUCGACACCCAGAAGCAUUAUCAAACAAAAAGAAAAAAUCAUCAAGUAAAAAUAAAGCUCCUUCAAAAAUACUAAAUAUCACUGAACUUAGACAACAGCCAAAACUGCAAUGAUGGUAAAAAAUUAUAAAUAAAUAAAUAAUUAAUUAAUUAUAUUUCAAUGAAAAAAAUAUUUUUAUCCAUUUUGUUACGUUUUUUUAAUUCAACGCUCAAUUAUAAUUAUGAACAACAUUAAAUCCUACUAUUUUUUAUGCAUAUAUUUUUAUAAUAAUCAUAGUUAAUAUUUUUUUAGCACAUACAAAUAUAUCACAAUUUAUUUUGGAUAAUAAUAAUAUAUAUAUUACUUAAGGAAAAAAAAUGUUUUUUUCUGCCUACAACUUACUUCUUAAGUUUAAACAUUAAAACUUUCACCACAUCCACAAGUUCCUUUAAUAUUUGGAUUAUAGAAUACAAAUUCUGAAGACAAUUUUGAUUGAACAAAGUCCAUUUCAGUUCCGAGUAAUGUUAACUGAGCUUUUCUAUCAAUAAACACACGGAUUCC